AUGCCAUUCAAAUCACAAGAGCUAUAUCACUACUAUUAUCAAAGUGGAGCAGCCUUUGCCGUGGCUUCGACAGAUCCAAAGGAUGACUGCAUUGCUCUGGCAAAUCUGGAUGAAUACGCCCUUCGAAGCACCGUACUGAUUGCUGGCAUACAUUAUUGCUGGAACGCCGGGAACUUACAAGCUUAUGAUUCCACCUUUCUUUUCCACAAGAUCGAGAGCAUUCGCUCCAUCAACACGUGGCUUGAAGCUUCCAACUCCCAACCAUUUGUUUAUGUUAGACAAAUCUUGACGAUAUGUCUGGCUGAGGCUUGUUUUGGCAACCUUCGCACUGCAGAGACUCACCUUAACGGUAUUAUGUCAAUUUUGGAUUCUCGUGAACAUUCCCUCGACGCUUGGGGCAACCUCAACGAUGUUGAAGUGGAGCUUACCAACCGCUACCUUCUUCUGACAUCUUCUUUUGUUUUCGCCUUGCGGAGCCGCCUUGAAGGCUUUAUACUUCUUCGCGCGGCGCAAGGCAUCAAAUACGACAACAGCAGGUCAUCGUCCGAGGCCUUGAAACUAAUGAAGUUAUGGCAUGGGAUGGAGCACAGAGGCCUUGAUACCAGAUUGAAAGCUAUGCGCCUCUUCCCACACUUCUUUAGCAUCCCCCGGGUUAUUUCUUUGCCCAACAUGAUUGAUGCUUUGCCUAUAAUUGACAGUCUCAAAGUCAUUACAGAGGCUGUAGAUCAAUUUCGCACUAAUCCCACAGCCGAGAACCUUGACCGAAUUUGGAACAAUGGCGGCCCUACAAAGCUUAUGCUGGUACUGGUUACUUCUCAUAUAUCGUCUUUUACCAAAGACAAAGGGACCGAAGGCUCUCCAGGCAAAGGACAACCAUCGCAACCUCCUCUUCGAUCCUCGUGGAGUGGCAUCGCUGCAACAGUGCAACUAUAUAUGCACAGCGUACUCAAUAUAACCAACGGGGGUGAACCAAUCGAGUGCCGGCUUCUUUCUCACAUUCUUUCCUUGAUGAAGCAAGACAUCGACCAAACUAACGACCAUCUGAGCGGAGAUCAUGGACUUCUGUACCAGUCUCUCUGGUUCUUGAAGGUUUUUACAGGGGUUUUGGCUCUGACUGGAAUCCAGCACAAUCAAAUAGCCAUCGGCACACAUCCUGCCAGACACUGUGUGACAGGCUCGUGUACAGUAGAUCUGAAGUGGCUCCACGAGUGGUUUUGCAACCGCGCUAGAGCUUGGAGCUUGGUCACCAAAAUCACUACUUGGAAAAACGUGAAAUCUGUCCUAGCGAAAACAGCCUGGCCAGCUGCAUCACUACAGAAUGGAGAGGAACAUGCGGCGAAUAUAUGGGCCGAAGUGAUUUCAUAA